AUCAUGUACAGUUGUUAUAAUGGGGCGAUCGUUCUUUGAGGAAAAGUCCACAAUAAACCCCGACUGUGUGAAAUAAUUAUUUGGUUGACGUCUCUGUGACCCGAUUUAUUGUUUUUCAAAGUCAAUUUUUGUUUUCGUUUCUUGAUCAAAGGUUUUCAAAAUGGCCUCACAGGUGGAGGGAUUCGUUAAUUCCGUAGUCACACUUUCUACAGAAGGAAACUUUGCACAACUUUGUGAGGAGAUCAAUAAGAGUUUGGAACUCUUGAAGAAGAAUGCGUCCAAUCUGGAUAUGAUUCUAGAGACGCUGGAUCCACAGCUUCACUCGCUGGGUGUCCUCGCUGUUCUAAAUGUCAAGUUCACUUUACCAUCUGGCUCUGCUCCGGACUUUGAAACUCUCUUCUCACAGACUCAGCUGUUCUUCAGCAUGUGCAACGGUGAACAGGUUCGCUUUGCAACAGAUAGCUAUGCUAGUCUUGCCCACCAGCUGACGAGAGUUCUGAUCGAGAAGAAACAGUACCUUAGAGGGAUUGAGAUCAUGUGCAAGGCAGUCAAUAAGAUACAGAUGCACGCUGCGCAACUUACAUCAAUCCAUGCUGACCUCUGUCAGCUUUGUCUGCUAGCUAAAUGUAUGAAACCUGUUCUACCCUUCCUGGACGUUGACAUCACUGAAAUCAGUAAAGAGGGUGGUCUCUUCGAGUCGACUAAUUUCCUGUGCUAUUAUUACUAUGGUGGUAUGAUAUACUCGGCUCUCAAGAACUGGGCGAGGGCCGUUUAUUUCUUUGAAGUGGCUAUUACCACACCCAGUAUGGCAGUCAGUCACAUCAUGCUAGAAGCCUAUAAGAAGUUCAUUGUAGUCUCUCUCAUCCACCAUGGGAAGGUUACGGUUUUACCCAAGUACACAUCGCAGGUUGUUAGUCGCUUUAUCAAGCCGCUGAGCCAGCCCUACCACGAGCUGGCCAAUGCGUAUAAUACCAACAACCCACAGGAAAUAAGAAACGUCAUUCUCAAACACUCUGAGCAAUUCACAAGGGAGCAGAACAUGGGAUUGGUUAAACAAGUCGUGACGUCAAUGUAUGGCAAGAAUAUUCAAAGACUUACAAAGACUUUUUUGACGUUAUCGCUGAGUGACAUAGCAAGAAGGGUUCAUCUUACAUCAGCCAAAGAAGCAGAACUUCAUGUUCUGUCCAUGAUUGAGGAAGGACAGAUCUAUGCCAGCAUCAGCAAAAAAGACGGAAUGGUCAGUUUCCAUGACAACCCGGAAAAAUACGAUAAUCCAUCGUUACUGAAACACUUGGAAGGAGAGAUGCGAGAAUGCAUCUUACUUGAUGAGAAGCUACGCCAGAUGGAGCAAGAAAUUUCAGUCACGCCACAAUUCAUACAGAAGAGUAUGGGUAUUAGAGAAGAUGAUGAUGUUGCAGUGUUUGCCAGCGGCAGCAAAUAAAACCACCUUUAUCAACCUACAUGUACUCAUGGGCAGAAGGCCAGUGCAGUGGGAGGAAGUAUGGACAUUGGAACGACCAACCUUCAAGAACCUGCCCCUUGGAAUAACACCAUAUAUCACCAUGGUUAGAUUGCGGGACUUGCAAUCACAAGGUUGUAGGUUCAAAUCCCUUAAGCUAACUGCCGAUUUCACAAUGGCUAGAAUAAGUAUUGCUGUCUAGUUACGGAAUCACAAUUCCUUGGUUUGUGCAAUUCAUAAACAUAGACGCUUUGCACAGUCGUCAUUGUCUGCUAUACAUCACAAAUUUUAGUUGGGAAUCCAAGUUUGUGGUGGGGUGGGGGUUUUGCAACUUUUGCUCAUUUAACAUGUGAUGUAGCAUGAGCUAAGUAGCAUAUGUGGAAGAUGUUAUACUGGAUUAGUAAGGAUAACAAAUGUUCAAUUUUAGUCUGAAAGUUAACUGAACAUUAUGAAGUUUGCACAAUUUUUCUGUGAAAUAAUGCCUUCCGUAAUAAAGUCAUAUUCGAGAAAACUGUCUGGAAACAGCUGAUGUUGGUUGUUACAACCAAUGGGUGCGUUCGAUUAGCUUCCCUGGGUCUGGCCCGCGGUGCUCACUCGUGUGAGCCCCUG